GCAGAAGCGCCGGAAGCGGAAGCGGUGGAUUGUGGGCUGAGUUUGGAGUUCCGUGCUGAUUCCCAUGGCGGAAGAACGAGAAUCGGACUCGACAGAGCCUGCUGGCUCAGAGACACUCCUGGAUGCCGUGCUGAGGACCCUCUACGACCUGGGAGAGACAGAAGGUGAAACAGAGCCUAAAAGGAUCAGAAAGAAGAGAGAAAAAAAGAGAGGCGAGGAGACAAUAGCAGAUGAGACAGCAGAGCCCCUUCCCCUGCCUGAAUGUCCUGCAAGAAGCCAAAAGAAGAAUGCUUCCAGCUUUUUCAAGGAACUCAAAGCAGAGCUGCACUCUGCUCCUGCUGUCCCUUCAGCUCCCCCUUCAGGACCAGAAGUCCCUGCUACUACUGCAGUAUCGCUCUCUCCCCUGAAGAACAGCGGCAAGCUAGUAGAAGUGGUCGCGUUUCAAAGCAGAAGUAAAAAAAGAAAACCAAAGUCAGAUCAAGAUGAGCACACAAAGAAUAAAACAAAGGCCUUUGAAAAAGAUGUGGGUAUUCAAGAAUUUAACCUAGAAAAGGCUCGUCUGGAAGUACAUCGCUUUGGGAUCACAGGCUACGGCAAAGGAAAAGAGAGAGUCCUGGAACGGGAGCGGGCUAUCAUGCUGGGGGCUAAGCCUCCCAAAAAUAGUUACGUGAAUUAUAAGGUUUUACAGGAACAAAUCAAAGAGAAAAAGGCAGCACUGGAAGAAGAAAAGAGAGUGGCUCGGGACACAGACAUUUUCAAGAAAAAGAAGAGGAAAGGACAGGAAGACAGGAGAUCCAAGAAGUUGGCUCCCAGCAUUUUGUCAAAUGGACGAGUUGGACAAGUUGGAAAAUUCAGAAAUGGGACAUUGAUUCUAAGCCCCACAGAUAUCAAGAAAAUAAAUUCUUCCAGGGUAGCUAAAUGAUGCACUUUGUCAGCACCAGAGAGGAGUGGGAACCCACCAAACCUGCAGACUGCUCUUUCAUGUUCCACAGGAUCUUUUUUCAUUUUGAGGAGCAAGACUGAUAAACAGGGUGGUGGAUGCCUCCCAGUGCCCAGGCUCCACUCCCUUGUGCUGUAGAGGUUGAUCUCUCUACAGUGUUGGUGACCCUGUUGGACGCCUCCCAGUGCCCAGGCUCCACUACUGUUUCUGGUUGCUGGUGUCAGCAACUUGGUUGCAAUCCAUUUUUUUACAGUUUUACUGUCUCAUGAAUGUUUGUGACUGAGAUUAAAGUGCCUUUUGGGCUUUUAAUGACAGUGUUACUGUGUCAUGAAAGAA